AUGGAUUAUUUUAUUGAUUUCUCUGAGGUUUUCAUUAUUAUUGAUGACAAGAACAACGAAAAGUCGUUCUACAUAUUUAAAUAGUUUGAAGAAUUUGAUGUGCUUUGUCAUUUAAAAAAUCAAGAUUUUGAUUUCGACCUUAAACUCUAUGCCUUAAUUUCAAUCGUAAAACUAAUCUAAAAUAUGGCUUUUAAAAAUUUAACAUAUAACAAUUUUGAAUUGAGCUCAAUAUUUUUUGACAAGGAUUUUAGAUUGCUAAUAAGAGAUGCAAGUGACAUUAAAAUAAGUGACAAUAAGUCAAACAAUCAUAUUAGAUAGAUAAUAUUUGACUGCUUUGAUGAAGAUGUAUUAGAAGUGCCUGAUAUCCAUAAAGAAUUCCUGGAUGAAACUCUCAAAUUGUUGAUUAAUUUUGAAAAAGAUAUAGAUAUUGAUACUGUAUAAAAUUAUCUAGCAAAUGAUAAUAAAAUAAGAUAAAAUGAGUCAAUAAUUUCAAAGUUAUUGCAUAGAUGUACAGAUCUGACUUAAAAGCUUUUGUAUUUUGAUAUGAUCCCUACUAAUCUAUAAGAUCAAAAAAUUAAAUUCUAAAUUAAUUUGUGCAGAUCUUAAAUAUACCUAGAGAAUUAAAAGCUAGAGGAGUGUUUAGAAAUAGCAGAGGAAAAUUAUCAAUAAAUCAUAUGCAAGCAUGAUAGCAAUUAUAUUAAGGAAGAGAUCUAAUUUCUUUUGAUACUAGUGAGAUUAUAUUACUUGAGAAAUAUUGAUAUCAAAGGAUAUUUGACUAUUUUGUUUUAGUAUUUUAACAAGAUGAACGACCAAGAGUUAAAAGUAUAUAUGAAGUAUGCCUUCCGAUAUUAUUGCGGGCAUCAUCAAUAUAGUUCUAUAGUAACUUAAGUUGAUGAGAUAGUUAAGCAUUACUACAAAUCAGAUCAUAUUCACUAUCUAAAGAAAAGUUUAGCCCUUAACUAUCUAAAAGAUUAUUCCUAAUCUGAUGAAAGUUUAGCUAUGAUAGGGUAAAUUGAUUCCUAUAGCCUUUAGUAUAGAAUUCUAUUAGUAAAAUUGCAUCGCAAUUUGUUUGAUUAAUCUCAAAACUACUAAGAUUUGAUUACAGAGAUUAAUAACCUAAAAUAACAUGACAUAUCUUUAGAGUUAAGACUAAAGAAAAAUAAAUUACAGGUCCUGAUUUAUAUGAAAAACAGAGAUAUCUAAAAGGCUUUAGAUAGUUAAAUGAAAGUUAUAUCAAAGAUUAUUACCAUUUAUGCUGACGAUAGUUAUCAAAUUAUGCAAUAAAAAUUAAUAUUGAUAAAAAUAUAUGUGAAAAUGAAAGAAUUUAUCAAAACCAAGUAGCUAAUUAAUGAAAUAUAAAUCAGGAUUUUAGAUUUACAAUCGAAUCAUUCUAUUUUCGUUCAUGGCAAGUUCAAAGAGGAAUUUUUAGUUUGCAGGAUAGAAUAUUACAUAAGAAAGGGAUCUUUAAAUAAGGCAUAAGAAAUAAUUGAUUAAUUUGCUUUAGUAGCUAACCAAUAGAAAUUUAGAGAAAAGAUCCAUAGGAAAAUAAAAUAUUUCGAUCAUAGUAAAUCAGAGGCUUUGUAAAAGAAUGUAUAAUAUUUAUACUAUAUGCAAGAAUUCGAGUAAGCUGUGAUUACAUAGACAUAAAAAUUUUCAGAUAAGAUACUCAUUAUUAAAUCUCUCAUCAAAUAAGGAUUUGACUAGCAAGCUGAUAUAAAUAUUGCAAAACUGUAGCUUAAUUUAGAGAUUUAGAACAGACAAAAGGAUUUUUAAUUAGCUUUGAAGUUAAAGAUUUUGAAGUUAAUAGUGGAUAUCAAUAUCCAAAGAAUUUAAGAUUAGGAUGAAAUCAUUAGGCACAUCGAAGAUUUUAGGAAAUAAAUUUAAUAAUAUAGCUAGAUUAGUCAAAGCAAAUAUGAUAAUCAAAACUUGCAGGUUUAACUAGCAAGACUUUAUUAUAGAUUAGAAUUUUAUCAAGAGAGUUAUGAUUUUAUUCUUAAUUAAUUAGCAACCAAAACUAAGUCAAACUGUAGAAUUAAAAUGCUCAGAAUUUUUAUCAAAACAUGUAUUCAUCUUAGAAAAUUUGAUGAAAAAAUGGAAUUAAUUUCUGAAGCGUACGAGCAACUUCAAGAAGACAUAGGGGUUUAUCAGAAGUACAAAUUAUCAAUGGCUUUAGGAAAUUAUUAUCUUGCCAAAAAAUCUUAUCUUUAAGCUCAGAUAAUGUUUGACAAGGCAAAUAUUUAUCAAAAUAUAUUGUUCAAUUCAAAAGCAACAGACAUCAAUAAUACACUAUAACUUAAAUUGGCUGUUUCAAAUAGGCUGCUUUAAAGUUUGGAUGAAUACUAGCAGCAUUUAAUAAUCCUCGGAGAUAAAAACCUAAGAUAAAACCUCUAGAUUCUAUAUUAUCACGAGUUGGGUAAUCAAAGUUGCCUCUCCAAGAAUCAUAGAGAGGCUGAGAAAUGCUUCUUAAAGAGUAAUGACAUCUUUGAAGAGAGUGAUCAGCAGUCUAAAGUUAAAUAUUAGAACAUAUAUGUUGAAAAUUUGAUAUCGAUAGGGUAUUGCCUUAGACUUAAAAAUGAUAUUUUAGGUGCAUUAAAUUAUGGGAAAUAAGCUGAAAUUUAUCUAGACAAGAAGCUUCUGCUUGGCAAAAGUAAAUCAUUACAUCAAAGUUAAAUUAGAGAGAAAAUAUACAUCAAGUUGAUGUGUUUUAUUUCAAGAAUGCUGAUAAUUCAGAAAGAAUUUGAGCGAGCCAUACUCUAUCUUUAAAAUCUAGCUGAUUUCAUAAUAAGUGGAGGAAUCAUUAUGAAAUCAAUAGCUAACAUGGAUCUAAGUCUCAUUAGUGAUGCUUAUUGUUUAUAACUGUUUACUACUUAUGUCAAUCUCGGCUCUUGUCAUUUUUCACUAAGAGAAUAUCUGUAAUCAAAGGAAUGCAUAGAUCAUGCUUUUGUUUUUAUCAAGGAUAGAAAUAUUUAAGGAAUAAGCAAGCAGCAAGCCAAGACUUAUGAGAAUCUAGGCAAGGUUUGCGAGAAGCUUAAUCUCUUUGAGGAAUCUGUUAAAGCCUAUCAAAUGAUGAUUAAAUUCGAAAUUCCUUCUGAUGAUCAUGUUUUAAGUGAAGAGAUAAUCUCUACAAAUUAGAAUGAUAAUAGCAUUUUGAUUUAUAAGGACAACUUUGGAACUGAGUUAACCACAAAUUUCAAAAACACUCAAAGAGAUCUUUGA